AUGACGACGACGACGACGACGGCGGCGGCGGCGGGGGUGACGAAGCGCAGCCUUUUCUCUUCGUGGAGAGAAGUUUCCUACAGGUUGCCUGCCACGGGCUCUCUACUUCUGCCUUCUUCCGUGCUGUUCAUCUCCCUCCCGUGCUUGUUUUAUUGGGGUUCCGCUUUGAAAUUCCUUCCACGAGCGGAAAAAUCGCGAAGAGGAUUUCCUCAACUACGGGAUUUUGAUCGGAGGGACUCGAGGUGGGAGGGGGGGGGAUCGAACCCUAGCGAAAAUUUUCAAUUUAGGCAUUGAAAUGAGCACUCCUUACCGCGGCAAACUGAUGGAAGGCCCCUGUCAGUAUUCCAUCACAAACCCUCGAUCAUGGAGUAGUAGGGCCUGGAUUUGUCGUUCUUCCUUUCCAAUUCCUUCUUCUUCUUCUUCUUCUUCUUCUCAGGAGGAGGAACUCUGAUAAUGACGAUGAUCUGCUGUCUGUCUCCUUGGAAUAUGGAGAUGCUAGUGGUCCUAUACCUCGGGUGAUUGGAUCUUUGAGAAGAUUGCUCUAAGCAGAUUGAUCAAGAAUAGCGCAAUUACCGGCGUCCAAUCCGAAGUUCGGACGUGGGAUGCCAGAUGAUCGGCCUGGUGCAUCUUUGAGACCUAAUUUCUAUAUCCGAGAAACAUGAUCUCUCUGCUGUUCUAGCGAAAUUACCGGAGAGCUAGAAAUCCAGAGAAGAGGUUCUCCGAAGAUGCUCCACCACUCUCGCCUUCAACAGGCCGACCAUAAGAACCCUAGAACAAAGCUCCUCCCUUUUCUGACGCAUCUGACAUCAAACCAAUAAAAAUCGUUCACCUUAUGCUCCAUUCUCUUCUUCCAAGGUCUCCGAACCCCUGAAGAGGAUGCAAGAAUCAUAUCAUCCCAUGCGCAACACGGGGAGAGUCAUCAAUCAUCUCGAUUUGAAUAAAGAUCUUUCAAUUCUGUGCGCCAUUGGUCUCUGAAUGUUUGCCUUUUCGAGGGAUUCACAACCUUCUAUGGACUGCAUUGCAGCUGCGGAUCGUGCGGAUACAAACUGAAUCUGAGCUCCUCGAACAGGAACACGUCCAACUUCGGCUCCAAGUACGGCAAGGCGAUCAAGAAGGGCGUCAUCUCCUUCCUCGCCAUUGACGAGAGCAGGUUCUCGAAGAAGGAGGAAUGCCGAUGCGUCCCUUACUUCAUCUCUAAACGCACGUGGGGGAUCUUCCGGCGGCGGACGAAGCUCCUCUGCCAGAAGUGUGGGAACCUCGUCGGCGUCGCUUACGAAGAGGACGACCCGAGUUGCGCCGCCUCGGAAAGCUCCGGCGCCGCCGUCCAUGGGAAGUACAAGAUCAAGAUCAGGGCUCUGCAACCUUUGACUGACGAUGAACCCGCCGUCCCUUUCUCCCAUGACGGCUGCCGGAAGAAUGCGGCGAGCUCCAGCGUUGACUAA